AUGUCAAAAUACACAUUCGUAACUACAUUGAUAAUAUUCGUCACACUCUUCAUAAAUGCUGCACACAGUACUCCAGUACCAGCAACUCUUCAAAAACGUGAAGAGUUUUCGGGUGAUGGCACUUACUAUAAUACUGGAUUAGGUGCUUGUGGAAUUGAAAGCCAUGAUUCCGACUUUAUUGCCGCUAUUAAUAAACCUCAGUUUGGAGAUUCACAGAAUCCAAAUACUAACCCGAUCUGUGGUAAACAAGCAAGUGUCAAAGGUCCAAAAGGUUCUGUGACAAUCAAAAUUUUAGAUAUGUGUCCAGAAUGUGUAUAUGGUAGUUUAGAUCUCUCUCCAGCAGCAUUUGAUCAAAUAGCAGACAGGAGCGCUGGUCGCGUUAAAAUCACUUGGCACUUCGUCGAUUCCGCCGCAACUAUUACCAAAGCCACUAUUAAAGCGACUACUACCAAAGCGACUACCAAGGCAACAACUACUAAAGCAGCUGUAACAAAGAAAAAGAAGACCACGAAAAAGCACUCGACAAAAAAGAAGUCCACGAAAAAGCACUCGACGAAAAAGAAGUCCACGAAAAAGCACUCGACAAAAAAGAAGUCCACGAAAAAGCACUCGACAAAAAAGCACCCCACAAAAAAGCACUCCAAAUAA